GAAGUCCUCUACUGUGUGAAACAACUCCAAUUCGAACAGAUUGAAGAAUACUGGACAUCGUUCUGGCAGCCCGAAGAUGACCUCGACGAUGAAGACAAAGCGCUCGGCCAAGCUCGUCUAUCGCAGCAGCAACUGUUCUCACUUUGCACUUUGCCGCAGAUUCAACAUUGGAUCGUUUCGUUGGAUCUGGCAUUUUACCAAACCCUCGUCGAUAUUUUGGUCCCAGAUGUGCUGAUGAGCAACAUGUCACCUUUCCUGACUCAAUCGUGCCGAAACUUUGCCAAGAACGUUGAGCACUAUCUAAAGAAGGCAAUGCAAGGCGCUCCCGAAAUUAUCCAAAAGAAGAAAAUUCAAGCUGUCAAAUAUAUGGCACAAGGACUGAGAAGAUAUACAUCUCUAAAUCAUCUUGCACAAGCUGCCCGCGCAGUUCUGCAGAAGCCGGACCAAGUCACUGCUAUGUAUAAUGACUAUAUUAGGUAA